UCUUGCAGGAUGGGACAAUGGACAGGAAAAUUGGAAAUCUUCAAAUAAUGAGCGAAUUAGAAAAAGGUGGAUUUUCAGGACUUGACACGGAACACGUUGAUAUACAACACAGUAAAUUGGAAGGUAUCAACAAUGAACGGACGGGACAAAGGGACGCUUCAAAUGAAUCGACAACAUUAAACAUUGAUGCGACGGCUAAUAUUGCUGAAACACGUUCAGAAGAAGAGAGGCGUAAGAAUACAGUGCAAAUUUCUACAUACUUUAGAUACUUUAACGCUGGUGCAUGCAUCCCGAUUCUCUUUGUUAUGAGCAUUGCAUUCCUUGCAACACAGGGGUUAUUUGAAUGUGCUGACAUACAUCUUUUAAUCUGGGCAAGUGAAGAGGAAGAUAAAUUUGCUGCUUUAAUGACUCACAAUAAAUCGUUAAUUGAAGCUUUCGUAAACACAUCAGAAGUGACGAUACCGGACGUCAACACAUAUUUUCAUAAAACAUUAUUGGUUACCACCGCAAUAGCUACGAUCUUAUUUGGCCUUAUACGUGCUUUACUGCUCGUAAAUGUGACAUUAGAUGCAUCACAAAAUCUUCAUAACUCGAUGGUUGACAGUUUACUAGCUUCAGGCAUUGAUUUUUUCCAGAAAGACUCUAUCACAGGACAAAUUCAGAACAGAUUUUCCAGAGAUGUAAGACAACUUGACACAACUUUACCUAAAACGCUAUACGUAUUUCUACAGGGAAUUUUUAAACUUAAAAUGAGAGAUUUUUUAAAAUUUUUACGGAUAUGUACAAGCGCAUUAGAAGACCAAAAUCUUUUUUUUUUUAUUCAAAACUUGAAAUAUAAUUUUACGAUUAAAACAUUACAUGGAAUAAAAAAAUUACAUAAAUAG